UCAGUAAUACAAACCAAAAAGAACUUUGAUUUAUGUGGGAAUCUUGCUCUUUUAAAACGGAACUGAUUCCCUGGAAGUGAAGGGAGAGCUUAAAAAAAAUAAAAAUUGUGGGAUUUCGAGUCCAUCACCGUAUUUUCUGAUUAUUCUGCAGAAUAUCUGAAAAUCCGGGUGUUUUCUCAUUUUGCUUGGGGGGCUUUGAAAGAAAGUGCUGAUCAAAUCGCCUAUCAACUGAUUUGGAUUUUGCUGGGGGUUGGAUAUUAGCUAUAUUUGUGUUUCACAUUACAAAUAUUUUUGGUGCCAAAAGAUUUGGAACAACAGUUUGCUUCGGUUGAUUAUACUUAUGGCUGUGGCCUUUACUCAUCUUUCAUGGUGGUUAUGGAGUGGGAAACAUCAAGAACCUAGAGUUGCUAAUGGAUCUUCUUUAAGUUCUUCGCCUGAUUCAGGUUUAUGGGAAUCAGAUAAUCUGAAAUUCCCAUUGGUCAAGAGGGCUAAUAUGGCUUCUUCAUCGAGAAGAGUUAAGAGGAAAUGGCAUAGCCGGGAAGAAAGAAAGAUUGAUAGGGAAUAUGAUGUAGUUCUUGUGCCAUCUGAUGGAGGGUGUGUUUCAGGGUCUGAGUCUGAUGGUUCUGAUUACUCCAUUGGAUGGUUGGAGCCUCACGGACCUGGAUUCCAGAGUGAUGAUGAUUCAGACAACAGUUUUGCUGUACUGGUUCCUUGCUAUGGGCACAGUCAGGAUAAAUUGGUGGAGGAUUCAAAGCACAAAAUUCUGGGUGCCAUUGUUAACAUUCCUGACAAUUAUUCUGCUGAAAGCAAAAAAUAUGUGGAACAGUGGCUCUCUUCUCUGCAGACUAGUUGACAUCCUGGACUGUUGAAGAUUGCAUAUAAAUCCAUAUACUGUUGCUCCAUCUGCUCGAAGAACAUGGUCUAGUACUCUAGUAUUUUAACAUUGAUAUAAAUAUUGUAUAAAGAUAUUGUCGAUAGUGUAAAAUUUUAAAAAGAUGAGCAAAAAGGAGGUGGACGGCCUGCUUUAUUGGGUGCUAGUGGAAUAGAAUCUGAGCUAGUAUCAACUGAUGAGCCAACAGAAAUAGCAGUUAAGGGACAAACAUGGUGUGAAAUAUUGGACUAGAAAUGUCAUUUUCUGCUGUUUUCUUUGAGACCUGAAGAGGAAGGAGCUGAUUGAUUGCCGUCCUUGCAUUCUGCGCAGAUGAAGCAGAUUGAUGUUCGUUUCUGUGUGUGAGAUUUCGGGGGAGAUUUGGUAGAAGAUGAAUGCAGAAAGUUGUGUGUGUGUAUUCAAUUCUUUGGUGUAAAUAUGGCUGUACAUACUAAAAACUGAAGCAGAUUUACGCUUGUCGUAUUACUGUAAAUAAUCUGUGGACAAUUGCAAGUGUUGUGUAAAUGACACAAGUAUUUCUUUCUCCCAACGUAUGGCUGUCGAUGGAUUACUCGCUGCCAUGCAUUGAAUCACUGUACUAGGACUUAUCAUUGUAGUCGACGUCUCUCUCCUUGUCAUAAAAGAACAAACGCACUUAGCAGUGGA